AAAGGGAAACUGGAAAGCACAGUCUGGAGUUUAUCAAUCGAUUCACGUGGGUAUCACUUCCCACUGAGCCGCUUCGGGGAUUCUGAAGCGAAGGGAGUGGCUGGAGGCGUGUCUUCAACGACUGGGUCAAUACUGGUUUAAAAGUGAUGCAGGAGCACCCUGUGAUAAAUCACAGAAUACCCGGCGUAGGCCUAACCAUGGAUGACAGUUCCAGUGGCAUCAGCAUACGUGCGCCUGUUGAUUUGAGCUCUUUCUGUGUGUCGGAGAAGUACGGGUUCCUCCUAACAGAUCCUCUGACCGAUCUCCCAGAGUACUACCGGACAUGGAUGGAUUUAGCGGGAAACCUCCCCCACCUUGUACAGACCCGUCAGCUCCAGGCCAGAGUGGCAGAGAUGCCUCUACUGAGCACCAGCUACCUCAGGGGCCACAGGGAGCUGCGGCUGGCACGCAUGGCACUGGGCUUCAUCACCAUGGGAUACGUGUGGCAGGAGGGCGGGCACCAACCAGCGAAGGUCCUGCCUAAAGCGCUAGCUGUACCAUUCUGCACGGUCUCCAAGAUGCUGGGGCUCCCGCCCAUCCUAGUUUAUGCCGACUGUGUGCUGGCCAACUGGAGGCUGAGGGACCCCGACAGGCCCUUGGAAAUUGAGAACGUUGACACGCUCUUCACGGUUCCAGGGGGGGAAAGCAGCAGGAGCUUCUUCCUGGUCUCCCUGCUGGUGGAGCAGUCGGCUUGCACAGGACUGCAGGGAGUUGCCACGGUAAUGAACUCCAUGCUGACGGGUGACAUUGCUGCGAUGCUGGAGGCCCUCGCCGUGGUGAGGGACUCUAUCGGGAGAAUGACGGAGGUGUUCAAGCUUAUGCACAAGUACGUUGACCCCACGCUGUUUCACAACAGUGUGCGGACCUUCUUCAUGGGGUGGAAAAAUAACCCCGCCCUGCCGGAUGGUCUGUGGUACGAGGGGGUCGGGGAACAGCCCCUGCGACUCACAGGGUGCAGUGCGGGACAAAGCUCCUCCAUUCAAUGCUUCGACCUGCUGCUGGGGGUACAGUACAGUGAUGACACCGGCCGCUCUUUCAUGAAGACGAUGCGCGCCUACAUGCCCCCGCCUCAUCGGCAGCUGCUGGAGACGCUGUCCGGCUGGCCCUCGCUCCGCCAGCUCGUCCUCUCCGACCCCGCCUCCGGCCCCGAGCUUCGGCGAGCCUACAAUUCGUGCGUGCUGGCGCUGGUGGACCUGCGCUGCUUUCACCUCAACACCGUGGCCCGCUACGUCGCCGUCCCGUCCAGCCGGGCCAGACUCGGCGGCUGCCCCUUCGCAGGGGGGGGCCUGGCCCUGCAGGGGGACCGGGGGUCAGGGGGCACCAACGCCCUGCUCUUCCUAAAAGGGAUCCGGGACGACACCAAAAGAGCCCUCAUAACCGACCAAUGAGGCGCACUCCUCUCUCGUACCGCACUUUUGCGGGCGCGUCUCCGUCUCCACGGCGGCCGUGCCCGUACCGGGUGGCCAUUUUGUUUCGGGAUUCUCUGGUGCGGAUAAUGAUGAAUGCAAGCACGUUUCACUAUGUGCAGACCAUAAAGAGAAAGGGAAUGAUGUAUGUAACAUGUAAACUGCCGACCUAAGUAUUUAUCUCAGCUCUGAGCUUCUGUAAUGUUAUUAUUCUAUUAUGUUAUUGUUAAUUUUAUUACCAUACACGAUGUCAUGAAACAAAGCAACACUAUUUCUCCCUCUCUAUUGUGACCCAUUUCCCCUUUCUGCCCCCCAUACUCUCUCUUACUUCUCUUUCUGCUUUGUCACACCGUUCUCACUCUCACACUUUAUGAGUUGGUGCUGAUGGUAGAUGUUUGUGGUUAAUGGUACAUGCCUGCCAUAGCUCUGCCAGUAUCGCAGUGAGGCGGGUACGUGCAGCAGUGGGUACGUGUGUUGGCAGGGCCUUCGCCGGGUGCUGACACACGCAACCUUUCCGAGAGGGCCAGUGCACAUUAAGGCUCACGGACUCCUCCUGUGUCCUCACCACACAAACGUGUUGUAGCUGUUAACCUGUGUGUCUUCGACAAUGUAAUAAACGUUCACAAAUGUAAUAAAUGUCCACAAAUGUAAUGCAUUUCCAUAAAUGUAAUGAAGAUCAAAAAUGUUAUGAAGGUCACAAAAUGCAA